AUGGUAACAUCGCCGAAGCCGCUUCUUGAGGGCUUGCACAAGAUCACCGACCGCAGUGUAUUCUUUCUUCCAUGCGAGAAUGAUCAUCUCGACUUGACAACCGUUAGCACCGCUCCCCCGUCGCACCGCAGCGUACUGCAGCGUAAUGGCUUGGUGGCAAAAGCGUUCAUUGGCGUGACGUUUUACGAGGUGCGCACCCCCGCCGCGCACCCGUCGUCGCGUACAUCGCCAGAACGUGACAUGUGCAAGUCCGACGGAACCGAUUCAGCGAAGCACCGCAAACUGUCCGCUGCGAAGCGAGAGGAUCUGUGGCGUACUGCGUUGGUGUACGGCGGCCUGCUGCACGACAAGUGGGAUGCAUUGGUGACCCCAGAGGAGCUCGCGGCGACGCCGUGGCCAGUGCACACCGAAACGCAGUACGCGGAGCUGAUGGAGGAGCUAGUUGCGCGGAAGGCUUGCACCACGGCAAAUACGUCAAGCUUCUGCGUGCCUAUCUUGUCCAUUGACGAGUUCGUUUACAAGAACAAGGAGGUGCGCGUGUGCCUUGGCGUGGCCUGGAUGCCAUGCUACUCGUACAACCUGCGAGAGUGGGCGGCAACAUUUGCGCAUUCUGGUCACUGCGUGCCAGAGGCGUCGCUCCUGGCGCUGCUGCAUAACGUGACCACCGGCGCACUCGCGCUGCGCACGGCCACCGGCACAGCGGACAAAACGGAUGCGGCCCUCUCUUUGUCCGUCACUCUGGAGAAGGUGCUUGUGUAUCGAGCUUCGGAGGCGGAAAAAAAGAUCGCGAAGGAAGCCGACCCAGACGAAGCGGGGAGGGGGUUAACAUUUGCGUUAGCCACCGGCGCGUUCAGGUGGCGGCGAGCAGAGCCGCGUGUUGACAAGAACAGUCGGACGAGCGUGCCGACACCGUUCCGCAUCAGAGCUCUGACGAAUCACCUGAUCGUCUCCGAGGAGGUGCAGCUGCUGUACCGCACGCCUGAGGAUUGCUCGCCGAGGCUAUACCCGACGCACGGCAGCGCGGCCGCAAAGCGAGAUGUCUGGACUCUCGGUGUCGUCCUCUACCUCCUCGCCUCUGGCUUUUCCGGCACAGGUCAUGCCGCCACCACCUCUCCGCCGGACCGUGGCUCCCUGUUUCCUCCCCUGCGCGAGUUGACACCGCUCAACUCACCGGCGCUCACUCCAGACUCUCUCUGGAAGCGCCUGCGGCGGGAGCUGGAGGACCGCGGCUACAGUAGCAUAAUCGUGACCGUGGUCGCACAGCUCCUCUCGCUUGACCCGCUCACGCGACCGUCGCUGAACACAAUGGAUCGCAUGCUGCAGGAUCUGCAUCGGCCAACCCCUGUGUGCCGCUUCCCGUUCGCUCUAGGCUCGUACGACCUGCUGCGGAUGCCGAACCCUACCGACAUUAACCUGAACCCCGGCGCACGGCGGUACACCAUGGAGGGAGUGUGCAUCUUGUGCAAAAAGCACCGUGGCAGUACGCCCCAGUGCGCCAAGGACGGCGAUCAUGUUCCGGGCUUAUCGUCGCCGUCGUGGUCUGGCGAGGAGCUGCUGCCGCAGCUGCACGGCAAGGACUUGCACUACAUAACCUUUCUUUACCCCCUUUGCGGGUCCAGCGAUGAGCGUCGGCGGCGCAAGCAAGCAGCACUCGCUUUGCAAACUUGCCACGACGGCAUCAACGCCGCUAGCAGCAGAAUCGCCCGAGAUGCCACGCCGCUGCUGGACGCUACGCUGCUGUUUCAGGUGUUCGGCGGCUUCGCCGUGUACGAGCGGGUGCCGGAGCGGAACGCGAAGGGUCAAGUCUUCCACCGCGUCACGGUGAAGGAGGUAUUGGUGCCGUACCCGAGCCAGGGGCUGCGCCGCUCGGAGUUGCCUCUGGUGAAGCUGACGAUCGAUUUCAGCGGCGGCCUCCCAUGGCCUUCCUGCUGCACGGAAACGCUGCAGAAGAGCGGCCGCGUCUCCUGCAACGUGCCACUCGGCUUCACGGGGGCUCACCACGACGUGAAGUGGUUUGGCUGGGUGCUACCUGGCGAGCGCUUUAGCCUGCCAAACGGAGGUCAUUGGACGGCGCCGCACGAUGGUUCCUUCGUGUUCUGGUUCCACUCGGAUCUGCGACCAACGGAUCGAGACUGCUACUUCGCUCUGACAAGUAUGCGCGCAGCGACGCUGCCGGCAAAGCUGCCGCGCACUGUGAUGCCCGAUUCGCUCUUUCGGAUCCACGCCGGGGACCAGAGACACCCCAGUAAUCUUCUGCCAAGUCGCGUAGGGAGCGGUAGCCUAGCGGAUUCUCGCGUGGAACGGGGCAGCAUAGUGCACCGUCGCUCAUGCCAAAGCGUGACAGACAUCGCCUUACCAUCAGCGACGCACGAGAUUGUGGAGGCAGACGAGAAGGUGAGGGUCCUUCUGGCGCAUAGGCCACUCUCUCUCUCCGUGUCGCAAGUGCAAAACAUGCAGGAGGAGUCACCGACCCUUGGGCGACGCCGGUGGAGCAGCGCAAAGGACAGGAUGCUGUCUCGCCACUCCCCCGUUUUCCCCGCGGAGGUUGUCGACGCCCUCGAAACACCCGAUGAGGCGCGACAGAAUCCUGGUGCUUCCCGUGCUCCGUGGGUGCUUCGCUCCGUGGAAGAGACAGGGAGCAGUGGCGUAGUCCUCACACCUCAGCUACAUGUACCGGAUCUUGAUACGCCGAAGCCAGACACGCACGCCAGAGCUGACCACAAGAGCCCGAAAUCGCCGGACUGGGAGAGGACCAGCGACCAAGCGCACCUGCCAGAGCGCAACCCCACCCAGCCACCCGUGGAUGGCAACACCACCGCGAGGGGCACACACGCCCUGGCCGCUCCUGAGAAGAACAUCUCUCCCGCCGCGUCAGAGUCCCUCACUUCCGGGUGGAAGAAGGCCCGCAGGUUACGUGGCGCGACGGUCUCGUCAGAGGAGUGUUGUGGUGCUGCAGCGGUGCAGUUUGUGGCGUCCGCACCGGCAAGUGCCGGCGUCGAGCAUCCCUUUAGAAGUACAAUGGUGUCCGGGCAGUCGGUGCUGACCGCGCAAAGCAGCGUCCUUGGAGGCUCACCACGGCUCGUGAAGCUGAGCCCUGUCUCUCAGCAUGGGGCGAGGAAGCAGAGCAUCCAGGCAACCUCGUCGUGGAUCACGCCAAAGUUGCCACCGAUUGUGGAUGCCCUGCCUGCGGGACUCGGCGAACUGCAUGUCUGCGGGCUAUGGCUGCCCAGCGAAACAGUGGAGGCGGUGUUUCGUUCUCUAACCUUCUGCAUCCUCUCCACCGGUGAGCAUGGCUACAUGCAACCACCAGUGAAGACGUCUGCGCGAGUGGCGCAUGCCAUCCGUGCCCCGCCGGGUGCAGAAUUCUUGGCCUUCCUGUCCAACCAGGUGCCGCUGUUUCAUCGCAAUCACCCGCGGCUGGAGAGGACGGGUGUUUCACUGAUGCUACCGCACCACGGGUUCACGUGCUACGCUGCGGACGGCACCCUUUUGGGGGUUCUGGGGCUGCGGUGUAGCACCAAGGGUGACCCAGACGUGAUGGCUGGCGAGUUUGAGCUCAUGAUGUGCACCAGCGCGGCAUUCCACGGCAGCAGCGUUGCUUCGUGGACUGUAUAUACGUCUCACCUCGCGGAGAGCGUAGGGGUUGAAGCGCACAUGAGGCAGGCCGCCGUCAGUCCCGUCAAGACAAGGAACGACUACGAUGGCGAGGACGGGCAGGCAGGCACUCUCCGUCACGUGUCCUCCUUGCUGCGCCCCGCGUCGGGCAGUCGAAAUAUGUGGUCCAACACCCCGGAGAAUCAGACACUCACCUUUACGGGUGCCCAUCAUCUCGUGGGCGAGUUCACACCAGACAAAAACGGCGACACUCUACGGUCUCGCAGGGGAGAGGGGGAAGCGGUGCUACCAGCGUGCUGGAUGAGCUUUGACGGCGUGUCGACCGCGCUCCUGUUUGCAGACGCGCAGCAGUCUGUCUGGGUGCCGUACAGGAUCGGCGGUUAG